AUGUUUUCUUUUUUCUUUUGUUUGUUUAUUUUUUAUUUUGGUUCUUUCAUGCUUUCAUACUUGCUUCUACUUUUGUUCGGUUUUCAUUCUUCAUUUUAUUCUUUCUUUCUUUCUAGCUUCGUGGUCGUCUGGAAGUUCUUUCUUUCCUUUUUUUACUUAUGUCUUUCUUUCUUCAUAUUUGUCUGGUUGGCACAUUGCAUUCUUCGUUCUCACAUUGUUAUACUUUUCUUUCUUUCUUUUUCUUCAGUUUCUUCAUUCUUUCUUUUUUACUUCUUCUCUUUCUUGAGAUCUUUCUUUCUUGACACAUUCUUUCGUUCAAUGCUUAUUUUAUCUCCCCGUCUUUUCAUAUUACGUUCCUUUGUUCUUUAUUCGCAUAUUUUACUUCCUUUCUAUUUGUGUUUCUUUCUAAGUUGUUUUCUUUUUCUUUUUUUUUUAUAUGUUUCUGGCAUAUGUUUCUUUUUUAUACGUUUUCUUUCUAUUUUCAUUACAUGGUUGGUCAUUCAUUUAGUUUGUACGUUUUUUCUUUACAUUUUUUAUAUUAAUUUCUUUCUUUAUUUUCCUCCUUGCAUGAUAUUUUGUACUCUUCUCUUUUAG